GAGAUUGAUGAGCCUCCAUUAAUUCCACAUAUUGCUGAAGCCAGCUCAAAAAAAUAUCCAUAUGAGGUCCUUUUCAGGAGUUAGCACAAGCUGCUCAUGGAUACUGCUUCUUCUGAGUACCUUUUCUGUGAUGAUUUCUUUGGAGAACAGACCAUGUUUUAUGAUAUUUUUACUGGCCCGCUUUCAGUAAUUGAUGAGCAUUUCGGUACAGUUCUUCCCAAUAGUUUUGAUGCAAUUGGCUUAAUGCUAAUGAUUCGCAUCAUUCACCAGCACCAGCUUGUAAUGUCCAGGCGCCGAAUUCCAUGCCUGGAUUCAUACUUGGACAAGUCUAAAAGCCUCGAGAUACAAUUACUCCAACUUCCGACAAGUUUCACAAUCUUCCACAUAUCAAUGGCUUCUCUCACCAACUCAAUUCUUACAUUCCAAACAAGUACACCCCAUCAACGCGAAGGUACUACUCUUAGACCCGAUGCAUUGCUUUCUUCCUCUUAUUUUCCUAUCCAAAGAGUCAAGUUAUCAACAAGAACACCUUCCUUGUCAUCUAAAACUAGCCAAUCACUCACAUCUAUCAUUAGUGAGCUUGAAAAAGAAAGGGACAACACGACGAUUGAUCAAUUUGAAGAAGGUGAAAGUACUAGUACUAGUUCUACUACAAUGACGAAAAUUCAAGAACCAGAAUUAGCAGAUCGAUGGCAAGAUAUCCACGGACAAGAUGAUUGGGUUGGCAUGCUUGAUCCAAUGGAUCCACUUUUACGUACUGAAUUAAUUCGAUAUGGUGAAAUGGCUCAAGCUUGCUACGAUGCUUUCGAUUUUGAUCCAUAUUCUAAGUAUUGUGGGAGUUGCAAAUUUCCACGGCACAGGUUUUUUGAUGGACUAGACAUGGCCAACUAUGGCUACGAUAUCACACGUUACCUUUAUGCAACUUCAAAUAUAAACCUGCCAAAUUUCUUCAUGCAAGCUCGUUGGCCUAAGGUAUGGAGCAAAAAUGCGAAUUGGAUCGGUUAUGUGGCUGUUUCAAAUGACGAAACGUCGAAACGAUUAGGUCGCCGUGACAUAACAAUUGCAUGGAGAGGUACUGUGACUCGUUUGGAAUGGAUUGCUGAUUUAAUGGAUUACCUCCGUCCAAUUUCGGCAGACAAUAUACCUUGCCCUGAUCCUUAUGUCAAGGUGGAAUCUGGGUUUCUUGAACUUUACAUUGAUAAAGACGAGAAUUGCAGGUACUGCAAGUUCUCAGCAAGAGAACAGAUACUAACGGAAGUAAAAAGAUUAUUAGAAAUGUACCCAAAUGAAGAAAUGAGCAUAACAGUUACCGGACACAGCUUAGGCAGUGCUCUAGCAAUGUUGAGUGCGUAUGAUAUAGUGGAAACGGGUUCAAAUGUAAGGGCAGAUACAAGUGCUGUGCCUAUUUGUGUUUUCUCAUUUUCAGGGCCAAGAGUUGGUAACAUAAGAUUCAAAGAAAGAAUUGAAGAGCUAGGUGUUAAAGUGCUUAGAGUUGUGAACGUUCAUGACAUUGUUCCAAAGUCACCUGGUUUGGUUUUUAACGAGCACUCUCCGGCUAUGGUUAUGAAGAUAUGUGAAGGGUUGCCAUGGAGUUAUUCUCAUGUUGGAGUAGAACUAGCAUUGGAUCAUAAGAAUUCACCUUUCUUGAAACCUAUAAAUGAUCCUGUUUGUGCUCACAAUUUGGAGGCUCAUUUGCACUUGCUUGACGGAUAUCAUGGAAAAGGGAGAAGGUUCGUGCUUACAACGGGAAGGGAUAUAGCAUUGGUAAAUAAAGCAUGUGAUUUCUUGAAAGAUCACUACUGUGUUCCUCCCAGUUGGAGACAGGAUGAAAACAAAGGCAUGAUUAGAGAUAAGGAUGGCCGUUGGAUUCAGCCUGAACGUCCCAGAUUGGAUGAUCACCCUUCUGAUAUUCACCUUCACCUUCAACAUCUAGGCCUUUCAUCUUCUUGAUAAUGAAGGCGAAAAUAAAACACCACUCAGAGCGCACUCGUUUAGAAAUAUUGGUAACCCACAAAGGCUCAUGGAGGAUUUAAUAUAUGCAAACUACACAGUUUGAUCAUGUACCAUGAACUGCCAGUGCACAUGGGAUUUCAUGAUUUCGAUCAAAUUAUAUAGGUUGUAAAUCUCAACGUAUAUAUGUUAUGGUAACGAGUAAUGUUUGGAGAUUAAACAUAUGGCUACAUUCAACGGGCAUGGAGAGGAAAAAGUCACUAAGUUGCAAGUCGUUUGGCUUUUGAUAUUUGAACAAUUCACAAGAGUAUGGUUGUUCAUGGGUCGGUUUCGAUCGGGUUUUUAAUGCUUCGGUUUGUCUAAUUUUUCGGUUAAUUGAUUUUUUUUUUUGAAUAUGACAAUAUACUUUCAAAGACAGACUGGAUUGACCAUAUUGCAUCAUAACACUACCGAACCAAUUAUUCCUUAAGCAAAGAAAGAACUAUGUAUAUAAUCAAGUUACAUAUGCAUGUAGCUUCCAGAAAAUCAUAGCAUCGUCCAAGAAUUUAGCCAUUCAAAGGCACUUAAUAAAACUUCUUUCUAUGA